GUGCGCCGUCUGUCAGCGUCGGCCUCAGCAACAGACUCCUCCUCCGCCAUUUUUGACUGUAAACAUCCUGCCGAUUUUAAAAGGACAGCGGUGAGCGGGAGGAAGGCGACUGGCGCCAUCUUGGCUGUUUUAAUGAGUACAACAGGGGAGAAUUCGCUGGGAGAAAUAACAUAAUCAUUGGGAUUUCAUCGUAAAGGGGGUGCUCCCGGUGAACCAUACCUCUGUGUGAGCCAGGGGAACCAGGGCAAUGUUUUACGCCCACUUUGUCCUCAGCAAACGUGGGCCGCUGGCCAAGAUCUGGCUAGCGGCCCAUUGGGACAAAAAGCUGACCAAGGCUCAUGUCUUCGAAUGCAACCUCGAGAGCAGUGUGGAGAGCAUCAUCUGUCCAAAGGUCAAGAUGGCGUUGCGUACGUCAGGCCACCUGCUGCUCGGGGUGGUGAGAAUCUACCACAGGAAGGCCAAGUACCUGCUUGCCGACUGUAAUGAAGCCUUCAUCAAGAUCAAAAUGGCUUUUAGGCCAGGUGUGGUGGAUCUACCUGAGGAAAAUAGAGAGGCAGCCUACAAUGCCAUCACCCUCCCCGAGGAAUUCCAUGACUUUGACCAGCCAUUACCUGAUCUGGAUGACAUAGAUGUGGCCCAGCAGUUCACCCUGAACCAGAGCCGAGUGGAAGAGAUCACAAUGAGGGAAGAUGUUGGCAACCUCAGCCUCCUGCAGGACAAUGACUUUGCUGACUUUGGUAUGGAUGACCGUGAGAUGAUGCGUGAUCCCAGCACGUUUGAGGAGGAUAUCAUGCACGGCGCCACAGCCUCCAACCUUUUGCUGGAGGCUGAGCCAGGCCCAGCUGCUCUCCCUGACAAGUCCAACCACAUGGAGUACGACGACUUCGGGGACGCCUCCUUGGGCAACACUGAUGGGGGAAUGCUUGUUGAUAAGCUACUGAGCUCUGAAGAUGGGGGAGGUAUCUUUGAUGACCCUCCAGUCCUCGCAGAAAGCGUCAUGAUGCCUCCAGAUCACGGAGACGACGAGGACGACUUCGACAACCUCCAGUCACCGGGUCCAGAGAGCCCAGACUCCGGCCCAGCAGAGCCCCUGCCAGCCAUGGCUGACCAGACAGAGCAGACCACUCUGGUUCACAAUGAGGAGGAGGCCUUUGCCCUGGAGCCCAUUGACAUCACUGUGAAAGAGACCAAGGCGAAGCGUAAGAGGAAGCUGAUUGUGGACAGUGUGAAGGAGCUGGACAGUAAGACCAUCAGGGCCCAGCUGUCGGACUACUCGGACAUCGUCACCACUCUGGACCUCGCCCCUCCCACCAAGAAGCUCAUGAUGUGGAAGGAGACCGGAGGGGUGGAGAAGCUUUUCUCUCUGCCCGCUCAGCCCCUGUGGAACGCCAGGCUGCUCAAGAUGUUCACCCGCUGCUUGACGCCUCUGGUGCCGGACGAGCUGAGGAAGAGGAGAAAGGGCGGCGAAGCAGACAGUCUGGAUGAGUUCCUCAAAGAACUGGAGAACCCAGAGGUGCCCAGAGAAGAGGUCCUGAGUCAGCACAGAGAUGUUAUCGACCCAACUAUCAUGGAGGAGCCCAGCAUGCUGUCAGCCUCUGCGAUGGAGGGCAGCAGGACCACCCUGGACGAGACAGUCAUGCCUCCUCCCUCCACCCCUCGCGGGGUCAAACGCAAGACCAUCGACAAAGAGGUCUCCCUACCUAUGGCUCCCUUGGAGCCGCAGCAGGUGUUAGACACUCAGGGGUUAGACAUGCACCCAGUGGACCUCCCCCCAGAGGAGAGCAGCCUCAGCCUCACACAGCUCGUCCCAGAGCUGGACCUGCUGGGAGAAAAGGAUAAAGACAAGAAGGAUGAUAGCGACGAAGAGGAGGAAGAGGAAGGUCAGGCUGGAGAUCAGGAUCAGGAGGAGAAGAGGUGGAACAAGCGAACCCAGCAAAUGCUGCACGGACUCCAGCGCGUCAUGGCUAAGACUGGUGCAGACUCAGUCAGCCUGAUCGAGUUGUGCCGGAACAACAACAAGAAGCAGGCUGCUGCUAAGUUUUACAGUUUCCUCGUUCUCAAGAAGCAGCAAGCCAUCGAGAUCACCCAGACUGAGCCCUACAGCGACAUCGUCGCCGCCGCUGGACCAAGAUUCAACCUUAUUUAGACAUUGGAAGAACAGACGCACUCUGCUUGCAACAGACAUACUUUUUUAAUUACUCAACUAUUUGCCUGUCAGCCCAUUUUUUCUGGGGGAGGGUGUAGUGGGAAACGGGUUUGAAGCUUUUAAAAUAAAGGAUUUUACUGUACUACAGGUGGAAUCAUGCAGUAUUCAUUUGGUUCAAACAAAGUGAGAAGAAUGUUUAACAAGUAUAUUUAUAAAGCAUCUUUUUUCAGUCACCAAUUUGUAAGCUUCUGUUUUGUUUUGUAAGUAAAACUUCCAUUGUCUUCUUAUUUCACAAGUUUCGUACCAUUGCCCCUCGCACCUGAAUCAUUGCAGAUUUUAGAUAAAGAGCCCUGUAUUUUCACAUGGAAUCCUGUAUUGACUCUGUACAUGUUAUGGAAAGGUACUGUUUUGUUGCUCAGAGGUGUAACCUGUCCCAUCUUCUCCUUGUUGCACUUGUUCUUUCAUGAUAAACAAAACAAUUAAUCUGUCAAAAAUAAUGGUGAAUCUUAGCUGGCAUUAAAUAUCAUGUUUCAGAUGUUGAUAAUUCAGGCAGUUUAUCACUUAAGUUUUAUGUAAUAUUUGUUUUGUACCUUUUUACGUUUAUGCUUAUUCACCUUUUUUGCAUUAUGUAACUAGGUAAUGUUCUUGUUACAGUUAAGUUCAGUAUCCCACCUUUUUAGUCUUCGGGUAACCUAGUUGUGAUACAUCUGUAAAGAUUUGAAAUAAAGUGUUUUAAGUACUUG